AUGCGCCCCUCUACUCUUCUCCCGCUCUGCUCCAUCGCCCUCGCCCUCGCGGCGUCCACGCGCUCGUUGGCCGCUCCCAUUCCCUCGCACAAUGAGAGCAGCGAGGGCGACGACUUGACCAAAUUCUACGUCGGUGAGUGGGGCGCGAGCGCGAGCGCGAGCGCGGGCGCGUGGACCAGACUCGAACUCACAAUGCGCGCCCCGCACGCACACGCACGCACGCAGACGUGACGUUGCCAGAAGACGUGACGCCAGACGAUGCGCCAGGCAAAUGGACGACAUUGUGCAAGAAAGUCGCUGGCGCUCACACCAAGCAGCAUUUCGAGCCUGAUGCCGAUAAGCCCGCUGAGUACAAGGCUGCAUGCGCUUCCUUUAGCGUCGACGCCAAGACCAAACAGAUGUGAGUGGGCGGGCGUUGCGUUGCGAGCGCAGACGGUCCAGCGCGCGCGCGCUCGCUCGCUCGCUUGCUCACGCUCACGCUCACGCUCACGCUCACGUUGGCUCGCGCUUCAUCCACAGCACGCUUACGAACCGCACGUCCGAUGUGGUCAAGGAGUGGAACAAGGUCAAGCUGGACAUUGAGCCUGGCACGAUGCCGUAUCGCAUUGGUCCGAUGAUUCCCAUCGACGCGCUCCAUUAA